AUGCCACGGGGAGGGAAGCAAGCUGGAGGCCAAGCGCCUGGCAGGGCAGCUGCCAACCAACGAUCGAAUGAGAUGAACCCGAACAACAAAGCCUACUACCCGGGAAGAGAGAGACCGGCAGAUUUCGGCAGGAUCAUGCAGGAGAGACGAGAGAGGGGCCAGAGAGAGCACCAACUCAAUCUUGCGGCUGCCGAGACAAAGCAAUAUCGUGCGGCACAUGGCAGGAAUAUGGCUCGAGUAGAACAAGCAGUCAAGGCCAUCCGGCCAGAAGCCAGGAUUCAGCUAGGUGGCUCAAGGCAGAAGAAGACAAACCUAGGGGGAUCUGAUGCGGAUGUUAAGAUGAUUGACAAGAAAGCUUUCACUGGACAGGAUAGACCAGAUCUGACCGAAGAGCUUCGCCGUCGUGGAUUUCAGGUAGACACUUCGAAUCCGCGCAUUCACAGGGUGCAAGGCGAAGACGGACCGUGCAUAGAUCUCGUACCAUUCAACGCCACGUAUUUUCCGGCAGGCUUUGACGCGGGGUACCCCAGGAACUCUUUCCGCGACAAUCCGGUAGCAAGACAAGCCGUCAGGGAAGUCAAACUCCAAGCUCAAGAGCAUGGAAUCCCCAUCAAGGGAUACGCAGCGGAGCAGGCAGUCCUCAAGGAGCAGCGGAAGGGAAAGAAGGCCGACUGGCUCGACCUUGGGCGUCAAGCCGCUGUGGAGCUGGGUGUACGCCGCUAA